UCUGCUCAUCAAAAGGCACUGGCUUCUAUUGGCUGCUGAGAGCAGCAGUUAUCCCUUUUCAUUGCUCUCUGCUUUAGGAAAGAUUUGCAUGAUCAGAGAGCAGCAUGUCAGCUGCUGUAGCUAGCUUUUCUCAGCUCCUACAGGAACAGCGGAUCUCUCAGGACUAUCAUUAGGAAGCUCAUCAACUGAAGUCUAGAGUGCCGGUCACUGAUCUCUAAGAAAGUAGGCUUCUUAUGCAUUUUUAUAAUAUUUUUUAUUUUUUUAGUAGCAUUAGCACUCAAAGUCCACUACGACAAGAUAAAGUGAAAUAAGGCUGGAUUUGACAUAGGGAGCCCAUGCUGGUUCACUGAGUGAAAAGGAAGACCUAUCGAAGCAUAUACUAUACAGAACAAAUGGACUUGUGUUACUAGUCACACAAGACGGGAGCAUGGACCAGUACCUUCGCAGACUCAAGCAGGACCUGCUGUCAAUGAGAGAAUUUGGAGAAGGUUUGCAAGAGCAGAUGAACAGUAUGAUGGGAGCACUCCAGGAACUGAAACUCCUCCAGGUCCAGGCAGCUCUUGAGCAGCUGGAAAUUUCAGGGGAACAGAACCAUCUUCAAAGUAUGAGAACAAACCAGUAUUGUCUGAGUGUAGGAGAAGCCUCUGAGGUCAGGCAUCAAUCCAGCAAACAGGCUGCAAAGCCAUUGGGAAGUGGGAGAAGUCCAGACAACAGCUUGUUGGCUGACAGCUCACUUAACUUUGUCCCUGUUCCAGGCCCAAAAUUAGGUCAUCAGGUUUUGCCUGCAAGAGGAAAACAGACUGACAGUAUAUAUACAUCAUCUUCUGUCUUGCCUCCGGUAGAAACUUGCCCUACACUUGAACCACACGCGCCAGGUGCUGUCCAUCAAAGCCAUCAUUUGAACAACGUUACCUAUUCAUAUUUCGGCCAAGAGCAAUGCAAUGAAGAAUCAAUAUGUGAUGAUACAAAUGACUGGACAUCUUCACUUAUGUCACAAAGCCGAAACAGGCAGCCUCUUAUUUUGGGUGACAACAUAUUUGCGGAUCUUGUUGGAAACUGGCUAGAUUUGCCUGAGAUGGAAAAGAAAGGAGACAAGAAUGAAAGUUUACUGAAUGCCACUAAAUCCCAGGAGAUCUACAAAAAGUUCUCCCUUACAGCCAACUUUUUCAAAAAAUUCCUAAGAAGUGUGCGUCCUGACAGGGAUAAACUUCUCAAAGAGAAGCCAGGCUGGCUACAUCCGAAGGAUCAAACAUCUCAGAUAACUAAAAGGAGCAAGAAGACCAGUAAACAAAAAAGUGUCUUUUAUUUCCCAUCACAAACUGACAUGAAAAUCAAAGUUGAUAAAUCAGGCAAAACUAGCAGAACAAGUAUGGCAAUGAAUAAAACAUAUUCUAAAAACGAUCAGAGAAAAGAUGAUGCUAUGUAUACAGGAUUUGAUAUGAACACAGCGGUUUGGGUAUAGUCCGUGGUAGAAUACAAUAUUUUUCUGAUAUUUUUAAUGUGUGAAUACUGUUGGAUAUGUAUUACAUCCAAAUAGAAUAGACACAAUUGUCUAUUUAUUCAGCUGGGCUGAGUCCUUAUGAAAAUGUUUUGCCCUUUUUAUAUAUUUUUUUUUUUUUUCAAAUUGCUGUAAAUUAUAUUUUUACUUUAUGCAUUUGUAUGGUAAAACACAUGCAAGUGUAGGCAGAGAACCAAGCUGGUUCUUGGUACUAUUUUAUUUCUGUGAAGCAUAAAUCCCAACUAUAAUAUAAUAUAUUUCUGACAAUCUGCCUUGAACAGGCUUGUAGUCCUUCAAUGACUACAGAGAGGUUAAGGUUUCAAGCCAUUUUGCAACCCAGUAAUUUAUUUAGUGCAAUUAUAUAACAAUGCAAAUUGCCUGCUAUUUAGUCAAAUCUUAAUCUCCUGGCCUGUCGAAAAGAGCCAUCACAAAUGAGAUGUCCUAAAGCCUUAUAAUCCUUAGUACUGUGCUGGCAUGUUUUUUCACAUGUGUCAUAUGUCUAAAAAUGACUCUGGGUAACAGGUGGAUGUCAAGUCACCACUCGUUCCCAAUGCAGAAACAAAGAGAAAAUUUUGUAACGUCUUUUGCUAAAUGCAUUUUUCACCAUGUAACCCAUAUUCCUUUGGUAUUUAGUUUGUUACCCCAGAAAUAGAUGAAAAGCCUCAGUAGAGCAAGUAUAUUUAUUCUGAAAGGGCAUUGGGGCUGUGUUGUGUAGUUGAUUUAGAUUGAAAUAGUACAAAGAGAUGGUCUUACAUUUUUGUUUUCAAAACUGAACUUGCUAAGGUAACUAAGAGCCGGUUCACACUGGGGCGGCACGACUU